CCCCAGUACAAGGGACCAGUGGGAAGGCCUGGGCGCCUCUCUUUCGUCACACGCCUAUAUGGCCCGAGCCGAGAAGUAUUUCAAAUCCCCCAUGUGUUUUUUGUACGAGGGAAAUGUUGUUACAGUGUAGCUGGUGGUAGGUGUGUUUUUAACAUUUUAACAGAAAUCAUGACACUUUUGGGAGUUCAAGACACCAAAAGUUAGGCACAAUAGCGCUGUUUUCUUUGUUUAUACUGGAUGCGCUCGUCGGGGCAGUGUUAUUGGAUAGUAGUAUUGUGGUAGACGAGUUUUCUCAACCCCCUUCUCUCCGGAGCACUGGCUAACAUUACUAGCAUAGCUGCUGCCUCUUCCAUACUUUCGUAGAACAACGGGAAAGUUGUCUUGAGUUGGGAGACAUGGCGGAGACUAAAAUAAUUUAUCACAUUGACGAAGAGGAGACGCCGUACUUGGUGAAGAUUCCCAUAGCGGCUGAAAAAAUCACUCUACUGGAUUUUAAACAGGUCUUGAAUAAGCCGAACUACAAAUUCUUCUUCAAGUCUAUGGACCAGGACUUCGGGGUGGUGAAGGAGGAGAUCUCGGAUGACAGUGCCAAGCUGCCGUGCUUCAAUGGAAGAGUUGUCUCCUGGCUGGUGUCCUCAGACACCCCUGCAGCCGAACCCCCUGCUCCUCCGGUAGAGGUCCAGUCUCAGCCCUCACCUCCCCCUCCUCCCCUUCCUCCACCUCCUCCCGAGAGGACGGGGGGCAUUGGAGACUCCAGACCCCCUUCCUUCCAUCCCAACACAGCAGGCAGCGUGGAUUCCUUAGAUGAUCAGACAGAGACUGAGUCAGUCGUGUCUUUCAGGAGAGAGAGACCUCGACCCAGAGAGAGCUUGGAUCAACAUGUCUCAGGUCCACGUAUGAAUGGGCAGUCCCGUAUGGACAGACACCUGGCUGGCUAUGAGAGUGCCACCACAGUGAUGAGCAGUGAACUGGACACCACGAGCUUCUGUGAUUCAGAUGAGGACGAUACGAUGAGCAGAUUCAGCAGCUCCACUGAACAGAGCACAGCAUCUAGAUUGCUGAAACGCCAUCGCAGACGCAGGAAACAGCGCCCACGUCUGGAGAGGGCUUCCUCUUUCAGCAGUGUGACAGAUUCAACCAUGUCCUUAAACAUUAUUACAGUCACUCUUAACAUGGAGAAGUAUAAUUUCCUGGGCAUCAGUAUAGUGGGUCAGAGUAAUGAGAGAGGUGAUGGAGGCAUCUAUAUUGGCUCCAUCAUGAAGGGAGGAGCUGUAGCUGCAGACGGACGCAUUGAACCUGGAGACAUGCUGCUGCAGGUGAAUGACAUCAACUUUGAGAACAUGAGUAAUGAUGAUGCGGUCAGAGUGCUCCGUGAGAUUGUCCAUAAACCUGGACCCAUCAUCCUGACUGUGGCAAAAUGUUGGGACCCUUCUCCACAAGGUUAUUUCACCCUGCCACGCAAUGAGCCAAUCCAGCCCAUAGAUCCAGCAGCAUGGGUCAAUCAUUCAGUAGCUCUCACAGGGGUGUUUCCAUCCUACCCUAGCAGCACAAUCACCUCCAGCUCAUCUGUCACAGAAACUGAACGAUUUGACGAGUUUAACCUGUCUCUUCGCUCUGACAUGGCUUCGGUUGCUAAGGCCAUGGCAUCUCCUGAGUCCGGUCUGGAGGUCAGAGACCGAAUGUGGCUGAAGAUCACCAUUCCCAAUGCUUUCUUAGGUUCUGACGUGGUUGAGUGGUUGUAUCAUCACAUCGAUGGGUUUCAGGACAGACGGGAAGCUCGUAAAUAUGCCAGUAACCUACUAAAGGCCGGUUUCAUCAGACACACUGUUAACAAAAUCACCUUCUCUGAACAGUGUUAUUACAUAUUUGGAGACUUCAGUAACUGUGAAAAUUACAUGGCCAACCUUUCUCUUAACGAUAACGAUGGUUCCAGUGGUGCUUCAGACCAGGAUACUCUGGCUCCUCUUCCAUUGCCAGGAGCAACACCAUGGCCUCUGCUCCACUCUUUCACGUACCAGUACCCUCACCCCUAUUCCAACCAGCCUCCUCCCUACCAUGAGCUCUCCAACUACAGCUACGGCCCAGGCAGUGCAGGCAGCCAGCACAGUGAAGGGAGUCACAGCAGUGGCUCCACACGCAGUGAUGGAGAGAAGAGAAGGGGCAGUAAAAGUGUAUCUGGCAGCACGGCGGGAGGUAGCGUACGUGACGAUAAAUCUCCUGGUGGGGGCGGAGCUGACUCGCGUUCUGGCAGCGGUAGCGAGUCAGAUUACUCUGUUCGCAGCAGCCUGAGACGAGACCACGGCUCAGCCACUCCUAGCGAACACAGUCGCUCCAGUCAGCGCUCGAGCCAGCGCUCGCAUCAUCGUGUCCCGCAGGCUCAUCUUGCUCCAUAUCCGCCUGGAAUCCCCAUUUCUUACAACCCAAUGAUGGUGAUGAUGGUGCCCCAGCAUCCACACCCACAUUUAGCACUUGGAGCCCCACACCCACAAACGCCUACUUUGCCGCCCCACCCUGGCUUUCCCCCCUCCGGCACCCCUGGUGGGCCUCCAGGAGCUCCACCAACCCGAGACCUGGGCUCCGUCCCGCCUGAGCUAACUGCCUCUAGGCAGUCUUUCCAUUUGGCCAUGGGAAACCCCAGUGAGUUUUUUGUGGAUGUGAUGUAAUGAAGGAUGUAACCGUCGAUGCACAAGUGAAGGAGUGAAAGCAGAGAGGUUAGAAUCACCUGAUAACUGUGAGUUCUACUCUGUGACUGACAGAGAUGUAGUUUACUUUAUCAGUGCAGCUCUUUAGAGUUAGUUUUUGUUCUUGACGGUAGGAACAGGGUUAACAGAAGGGUAGGAAGUCUUGCAUAGCACAGACUUCAAAAUCUGUUUUGCCUUAGUCAAAGCCAGACCCUGUUGCGGCUAAUACCACAAAGACAAAGAUCUCAUGAUUUUCCAGAAAAUAUUUCUAAAAGCAAAUUCGCUUUACACACCUUUUAAAUGACCGACACGAUAUUCACUAGAAUACAAAAUGCUUUUAAAAACAGUGAUGAAUUAAAACUUACAUUUUAAGAAAACCCUUCUAUAAAAAUAAUAAAGCAUGGAAGCUUGUUUCCGUCAUGGGAUAAAAACAUAAAAAGGUAAUUGCAACUUUUAUCUCACAAUUUAGACUUUUUUUCUUGCAUUUCUGAGAGGAAAUUGCGGCAUAUUAACUUGCAAUUGUGUGGGAGGAAAAAUUAGCUUUUUAUUUUUUAAUCAAUAGGACGUGAAAAAAAAAAAAACAGAAUUGCGAGAUGCAAAAUUAGAACUCAUACGAAAAAAAGUCAGAAUCGCAAGAUAUAAACUAUAGGCAUGCCUUCAAAAACCUUUAAAAGGAUUCAAAAGGUUGCAACAAUCGAUCAGGUGUAUUAUGUCUGUAAGUAGUGCUUUAAAGUGUACCAAGGAAUUCUGAAAGCUUUUCUCUCAUGUAUUAUGUACUGUAUAUGCUUAAAAAAUUGCCUUUGUAAACUGUCUUUGUACUGCUGAUUGGAGCCAGGGUUCAUGGAAACAAAUAUUUGGUUGUCAGUUUCUGAGAUUAAGAACUCUUCUGAUUCAAUCCCUCUCAAAGACUUGCUAGUACCCUCAAAAAUAGGCAGACUAUAAAAUGAUUGUACUAAAAUGGUACGUGCAGAGAAAGUUUUAACCCCAUAAAAGGUACUUUCUGGGUAGAAUAGGUUGUUCAUUCUAUGUUCUACUCCAGAGAUGUUUUUUUUUUAUCUUUGCAUGGCUGAUAAUAAUAGCGCCUUUUUAUAUUUUUAGUGUUUAUGAGUUUUUAUAGAUAUAAAGGUCCAAAUAUUCAGGUGCUGCAUAAUUACUGAGUCUCAAUGGAAUGCCAUGUUGAAGUGUUACGUUUUGAAUAUCAUCAGAUACUGUCACUUUUGCAUGCUGUCACUCCAAAUAAAUUUGAUAGAAUUGACUCCGAAA